AUAACUAAGUCGCAUAGGAAAUUCAAAUGCUGCUCUUAAAGUGGAUGGGGGUUUUAAUCUAAUGAAAAUGAUGAUGAUGAAUGACAGACGCGCUUCUCUUUUCCCUGAGGGAUGAUGACUAUGAGCGAGCCUAGGUGGAAAGGACUCUCGAGGAGGAGAAUGAGGAAGAGUAACCGCUGGCUGUGACAGUGACAGUUGCUCCUCUCCUCCAUCCCCUCCUUCAACUUCAUCAUCAGCACCAGCAUCAUCAUCACCCGCCUCGGCAACAGCAGCUUCAGCUUCAUCAGAGGCAGAAGGAGUGUCCGUCGAGAGAGUGGAGAACGAAAAACCUAAGCAGCACGCAUCUUUUUUUAAAAAGAAAAAAAAAGAAAAGGUGCUCCACUUGAGACGGAAGAUGGAGAAAUGGCAGUUGCUGAUGAGCGAAUGUAAGGACCAAGAAAUUCGACAAAAUCUUCUUUUAUGACAAAAACCCGGAUCCGUGCAACAGUAGGAACUAUUUAAGGAACAAAAAGAUUGCCCCAUUUGACGCCCAUACAACAUGGAUAUAUCUUCAUCUUCGCUUCAGUACGGAUCAAAAAAGCGGGUCAAGAUUCACCCCAACACAGUGACGGUGAAAUAUGCCACUCACUUCCCUCAGCCUGGAGAUGAGGGCUAUGACGAUGCACCCUCUUUUGAGGACUUUGGCGCUUUUGCUGAAGCCAAUGUGGGGAAGAGACUGGUGUCAGAUAGCAAAGGUGGCAGGACUUUCUUUGGAACCAUGGAAACCCAACCUAAGCAGCCAAGUGUGCAAAGAGACAAGGGCGUUGAGGGGCAGCUGGCCAGCUUUGGCGAGGCGAAUGUGUUGGCCUCCAGGGUGACCUGGAUGGCCUUGUUUGGGGCAGCAGUAGCUCAUGGCUGUGUGGCAUUGAUUACUCGUUUAGCAGCUGACCGUUCUAAAGUUCCUUCUCUUGAGCUACUAUUCAUCCGCUCGGUGAUCCAAGUGCUGUCCAUCCUGGUGGUCUUCUACUACCACGAAGCCCCCUUUGGCCCCAAGGGCUAUCGACUGCGUCUCUUCUUUUACGGUGUCUGCAACGUAAUCUCAAUCACCUGCGCUUACACAUCCUUUGCCAUAGUACCACCUAGCAAUGGCACUAUCAUGUGGCGUGCCUCCACCACAGUCUUCAGUGCAGUUCUAGCCUUCCUGCUGCUGGAUGAGAGGCUGGGCUAUACUGAUGUAGUCACAGUGGUAGGAAGUGUGUUUGGCUUGUGCCUGGUUAUGGUGCCAAAUGUAGCAGAUGAGGAGAAGUCCAGGCUGGGGUUUUGGAAGGAGGCCUUUGGCUACACAAUGACAGUGAUGGCCGGCAUGACUGCUGCCCUCUCCAUGAUCGUCUACAGGGCCAUUAAGGAGCGGGUCAGCAUGUGGACCGCACUCUUUACCUUCGGCUGGACGGGCACAGUUUGGGGCGCCUCCACCAUGUUUAUCAUGCAGGAGCCCAUCAUUCCUCUGGAUGCGGAGACCUGGGGCUAUUUAAUUGGGAUUUGUAUCUGCUCCACUGUGGCAUUUCUCGGAGUCUACUAUGCUCUAAAUAAGUUUCAUCCAGCCUUAGUGAGCACCGUGCAGCACCUGGAGAUUGUGGUUGCCAUGUUUCUCCAGCUCAUCGUUCUGAGGAUGAUCCCCUCUGUCUAUGACGUCAUCGGGGGCCUAGUCAUCAUGAUUAGUGUGUUUACUCUGACUGGAGUCAAGCUGUACAGGGUGAGCAGAGCCAUUCGGCAGGAUUACCAAGAGAUCCUGGACUCACCCAUCAAAUGAAUUUAGAUGUCAGUCUAAUUGUUUACAAUGUUGCUUGGUUGUACAAUUCAAAGAAUGUCUGGGUCGUCAUCUGAUGAUUUUGUAUUGUUGUGUUGUCAAAUGAGUGCCAGUUGUGUAACUAAUAAAAAAAAUGGUGUCUUAAUAUUUGUGUGGGAAAUAAUAAUAAAAAAAGGCAGAUAUAACAUGGUGACGACUUUGCCCCAGUAGUAUUGCUUUAAUGUCUAAUCAGUUGUGUGACUGGCCAAAAUGUUGGGCAUGAAAAUGAUCUGUUUGGUUUGUGUGCUUUACCACGCUCCAAGAUUUGAAAUCAAAUUGGCCACGUGGGAUCUGGUCUUGUGAAUGUCAAUGUAAAAUCAGCAAAGAUAUAUCUCUGUAAAUGUCAGCCCAGAGAUGGGUCACGCUACAUAAAAGGAAUAAAAUAAGAACUUUAAAAACAGCCCAACCUUUUAUAAAAAACAAAACAAAAACAAAAAAACAACUGGUAUUUAUUUGUGUGGCUCCUAAGCUGUUGCUUUCCAAGACAGUAUAAUUUCUUCAAAGAAACAAUUACAGAUGAGCCAGCGAAGCUACAAAGUAGAAUAUAAUGUCCUUUAUGUGAUAGGCUGCAGGCUGUAGCAUUAUGUGAGAUUGUUCUUAUUAAAUCUAAAUUGAACACCACAAACAGACUCCAAAUUUACUGGAGGCCAAAUGUGACUUUGAAAAAUAAAAGGUCUUGUCUAUAAUUCCUUAUAUUUUGUGCACAAACUGUAGUUUUGUUGUUGCUGCUCCCUAUCACGUAUGCUCUGGCCCCGUCGCCUAGUUGAUAUUUAACACUGGCGAUUAUAACCCUGGAUUCUGCUUCUGUUUACUGUCAGAUGCAUAUCAAACUAAUGCCCAGAGGCAGGUGCACUGUAUUGAAUUAGAGUUGCCUUUUGACAGCGUGAGACCAUUUGCUUUUUCUGUAGUGGGUGAUUCAGUGUCUCACCAGUGACGUCUCCUUUUCUCUGUUGAGAAAAACCAAGCCCACUUGAGCUCUACGUUUCCCCAAGGCAAAGCAAAAGCAAUGGAAUGAAAUAAGAACAAAAUGAGGAUGCAGAGUGGAUGAAAAGAGGGGAUGAUGCUUGCUCACAGCUGACACAAACGCAUGAUUCACUGAUAGCCCAGCAGGUGGCAUUCAGGAUCCACUUCAUUUAGACUGCUAGAGCUAGGAAAUUAUUUUACUUCAGAAAGCCAGGAAGCAAUGUUUUGUGUAUGCAGUAAAAAUGGAAGCAUAUUGAUGGAGCAAAUUGAUCUGAGACUGUGCACAGCUGAUGACAAUCUAUUGAAUAAUAACCUUAUUUGCACACAAAUAGGUAAUAAAUGUCAUGGGACCACUAAUAUACCCUUAUUACAGCAACAAUAUAAGCAGUAAAUCAAAUCCGCCUGUGUAAGUGACAGUCUACUACUAUUGAAUAAUACAAAAUGACUAAAACAACAAGCUAGAUCCAUUUGCAGAGAAAAUGUGGACAAAAUCUUUCUCAAGCUAAUAAGAAAGUGACUCAAAACACAUUCCACCAUGCCAUAUUUUAUUUUAAACAGUCCAAUUUAUAUUAAAAAGUGAAUAGAAGUAUUAGAUGGAGUUUAUAAUCCACUAUACAUGCAGUAUUAUAGUCUAGUUUUGGGUGCAGAUCACAGAAUACAUGUAGGGCAGGCCCAUCUGUUUGAGCAGGAAACAGAUUGCAUCCUGCAGCGAGUUGCACAGCCUUCCAAAUUACUCUGCAAGUAUCUUCACCACAGACACGUUUAAUAGAUGUAUCAUCAUUUCACAUGUGGAGCCCGAAUGGGAUUGGAUGACGAGUUAUUUUAUGUAGAUUCGUUUUGUGUAUCGCACGGUUGCUGAUGACUGGGCACUUCUUUGAAAUGCUUAUUAAUGCUGAGAAAACUGCAGUUGUCAUAUACUAAAAACACGUAGGCAGCAUUUAACGCAAUGCUUGCUGAAGGGCAAGCUUGCACUUUUUAUGUAUUUUAUUUUAGCAAGUAUAGUACAGAACAUCAAUUUCUUACUAGCCUAAAUUAUAGUUUGGGUCUUGUGCUAAAGUCCCACUCACUACGUAUCUUUCUUUUAGAUACCAAAACAUAAACAGUACGUGAUGCAAUAACCAGACUCACUUUCAUCUCUCUUUUCAUACACACGUCUAUCAAUGGUAGCGAUUCGAUCGAUUCUUUACCCUCACAGAGACGAAAACAUGACGAAUGGUUAGGGGAAAGCAAAGCACCAGCAGCUGCAGUGGGAUUAACGGACAGUGUCUUUGUCCAAUCACAAACUCCUGAUUCUCUCUCAGCCAAUCGUGUGGCAGCAGGCGGGACCCAGAGAGCGUCUGAACUGCUUGUGUAGCUGCUAGUUAGCUUAGCCAUGCUGCUGAGCGAUGACAUGCAUUGAUGCAGAAAUGCUAUUCCAACGGGGCACGGCGUCUCGUCAGCUAGGCUAGCGUCUUGGAGUGGGGAAAAAAGAAAAAAAAAACCUGGCUGCUUAGCUAGGAUUCUGGAUGCCGCUUCUGUGCAUCUUCGGCUGCUGUGUGUAACCCUUUAACAUAUUUCCAAAAGGACAUAAGAAGAGGUGGCCGUCAGGAAUCAGGUAAGACCUGGUAUGACUAGAGCAGGGUAUGAAUCUGAGCUGCCGCUGAUGGUGAAGCUCUGUGAUACAGACUGCAGCACUAACGGUUCUCCAGCGUUAAAGCUCACGCAAGCUAACAGCUAAACGUUAACCUAGACUGAAAAAGAAAAGGAGAGAGAGAGAGAAAAACACCUAGUGUCCAUGCCAGCAUGGCCAGCAUACUGUUAUCCAGCUGGCAGACGGUUAGUCUGGCUGUAAUCACUAAAAGCAUAUGGGGGAAAUUUUCUUAGCCAGGUUAAUGUUAGCCGUUUUAGCGUGACACGCUGUCAAGCUCAGGUUAUAAGGUAAAAACUCCACCAAAACUGCUACAUAUCUUUAUCAUCUUUAUUCUUCUUUUCGUUCAAGCGGGCACCACGUAAACACUUCUAUUUGUAAGACUGACAAUUAAAUGAAGCCACAGUGAUGUUAAACCGUUUGAUCCAAUUUACAGUUUAUACUUAAAUGCAGCUUUAUUUUUUUUCUUAUUAUAUCUCAGGAUUACGUUUUUUAAUUGCGUACUGAGUUGAACUCGCUUGGUCGUGGUCACGAUGUGCAUCACUGGUAUUGGGGUUUGCUUCAAGUAGCCAUAAUUAGUCAUAGCUUGUCCAUCACCUCUAUCUUCACCCAGUGAUACCCAGUUGGCUUGGUAUCUGUUUAUUUGGACCAGUAGUGCUCAACCUAAAGACAUUCUGUCCCAGAGAUUUCAAAUGCAGGAAAAAUCUUCACCUUAGAGAACAUACAACAAUGAAUUUUUUUUUUUUGUUUGUUAAAUUGUUUUUUUUAAUCUAAACUCAAUUUGUGGAUAAAUACCUACCUGUAUACUACCUGCAAAAUGCAUUUGAGCCUACAUAUUCCUAGUUGGAUCACUUAGAUCUUGUUUUGGGCAAGAUUUUGGGUAAUUGCACACUUAGUUUAUCUCGUAACAUUGUUUCUACCUUACACAACCCAAGCCAGACUAAAUGUCAUUCUUAGAAGCACAAUGGGGCAGUUCGUCUGUAUAACUCCUGGCGAGCCCUUGCGGCUUUUGUUUGUGUGGCCUUCUAUAAUUAAUUAAUUAUAUCAGAGCGAUUUAUGCGAGUAGCCUGCACAUCUCUGCAACCAAAUACUAGCGACUGGUUAAGAAUUACUCUGUAAUUAUUGUCACAAGUUAGUUUUCAAGGCGGUGAGAGGAGGAGGAGGAAGAAGAGAGAGGCAUUUGCUCUGCUGUUGCUCUCUUCUCAGUUGGAGUCACCGAGAGGGUAUCCACAGCUUGCAGGAGGAAAUGGUGAUGCCAUUCUUAUCAGCAUUUCGUACUCGAAGGCUUACAUUUGAAAAUCAAAUGUAUGCAUGGAAACUGCAAUUAGGCAACCUAUUUUUAAAAAAUUGCACCUGUCAGCUGCCAUGUCAUGAGCUUCUGUGCAGAAGUGAGGACUGUUCCUUCACUCUGAUAUACUCCUUGUGUACUCCUGUAAUAGUCAUACAUCCCACAGUAUAAUGGUGCUCUUGUUUGGAUUUUAUGACAGAAUAAUCGUAUGCGUAUGAAGGCGUUAUCCUUUUUUUGUUUGGCUGUGCCCUUUCCUCUUUUCCGAGUGUCUGGCUACCAGUGGCUUCCAGCAGCCAAAUCUGUCCUCGCAGCCCAGGGUAAAAUACCAACUUCGCUUUUCUCGCUAGUCAAAACGAUGGCUAAAAUUUCCCUCGUCAGGGCUCAGAAGCUAGUUCAUAAAGUCACCUUUCUUUCUUUCUUUCUUUUUUUUUUUUUGGACUUUUUAUGAAGUUGAGAAAUGGGGAUUUUUUUUUUCUUUUUUCCGCAAUUGUCUCUUUGCAUGUUAUCGCCUUAAUCUCUGUUAUUGCAUACAUUCUCUUCCAUUUCCUCUUUCAUUUUUUUUCUUUUUUUGUGCCCGACUGCUCAUGCAUGUAGAUGUUUGAAGAGUAAAUAACAGACGUUCUCUGUAUACAUUAACUGUGACAGAAUAUGACGGAGCAACAGCUCCUGCUUUCUGUGCCCUGGCAAAGGGCAAAAAGGCGACUAAUGAGCAAAACACUGAAACC